GUCGGGUGACACAGGAGCCCGAAUCAAUCAGUGUGUUUGUGAGGAGGGCUGGAAGGUCUCUGAAGGACACUGGUGUAGGAGGGAGGAGCUGCCUGCGAGCUCUAGAUCAUCCAGCAGCGCGUGCACGAGUCCAAGAAUGACUCGGGAUAAUACAGUACAUGAUUCCUGAUGUUUGAAUCCAUUCGUUCGGGUUGCGCUCCUUUUGUCUUUCUCCAACUCGGAAAGCGCCCGGCUGAAGGGAAGAACUCAACUGCUCUCUGAUACAGCAGGGUGGAUUUAAGCGCGUGUGGGUGAAUUAAGCGGUCACAUUAGAGUUGAUCAUAUGUAAGGCAUUUCGUUGGUUGCCCUGGUAACGCAGAGCUGAGCGGGAAGGUGUGAAAGUGCAGGAAUACGGGAGUUGUUCCUUUGUCUUCCUUCAGAUCUCAAGACCUGCUCCUUCACUGGGAACAUCCGACAGGAAUUCUCUAGCACUCUGAGUGAGGAAGAAAUACAAGCAAAAGAUCUGUUGUGGUGAAGAAUGCAGAGAGGAGCUCUUUUCUUACGAUGCGGUAAAACCAAAACAUAAUCUGCCAUAAUCACUGAGGAUUUUGAUUAGCAAAAAGAAACAAAGGGAAGUGACAAUGGGGCGAAAGAAGAUCCAGAUUACCCGCAUAAUGGAUGAGAGAAACAGACAGGUGACAUUCACAAAGAGGAAGUUUGGUCUGAUGAAGAAGGCGUAUGAACUCAGUGUUCUGUGUGACUGUGAAAUAGCCCUGAUUAUCUUCAACAGCUCCAAUAAGCUCUUCCAGUACGCCAGCACAGACAUGGACAAAGUCUUGCUGAAAUACACGGAAUACAACGAACCACACGAGAGCAGAACCAACUCUGACAUUGUGGAAGUGCUGAACAAGAAGGAGCACAGAGGUUGUGACAGCCCAGAUCCAGAGUCUUCAUAUGUCCUCACACCUCACACGGAGGAGAAAUAUCAGAAGAUUAAUGAAGAGUUUGACAAUAUGAUGAGAAAUCACAAAAUUCCGGCCUCUUUGGGUCACCAGAGUUUCUCCAUGCCAUUGACUUUGCCCGUCACCAACCCCGGCACCCUGUCCUACAGUACAGACAGCUCACAGGACGCCUCAGCGUCCCUCAGCAGGGCAAACAUACCGUCUCUGUCCUCCAACGGCCUCCAGAGCGCCAACAGCACUGCUGUCAUGGAUGGUCUGCCAGGAUCCUCAGACGUUACGCUUCCAAACGGUGUGCACUCCAGUCAUGUGGCCAAUGGCUUCGUCUGUGGUUCAGAAGGAAGCAGUAUGGGAAGAGUCGUUUCUGCAAAACCUCAAGCGUCGUCUACAGUGGGCCGCAAACCUGAUCUGAGAGUGCUCAUUCCUCCUGCAUGCAAGAGCACCGCUGCUUCACUGCUGCCAGAAGGAGAGGAACAUCUGAGAACAGACAACUCUCAGUCCAGCCAAUCACUGACCACACCUGUGGUAUCCAUGUCAACCCCCAGUCUGCAUCAUCAGGGCCUUGUGUACUCAGCCAUGACCUCAUCAUUCAGUACAGAUUUUGCCUUGAGCAGUGCAGAGGCCAGUUCUUUACACGGCUUCAGUUCACCAGACGCUGUCACAUCAGGUCCAGGGUCUUCAUGGAAACACAGCCAACAUAGUCAGCCCGGGUUCAGUGCUCAGAGAAGCACACAACCUCAAGUUCAGGCCUCUGACUCUUCCACCAUCAGCAUCAAAUCCGAGCCCAUCUCUCCUCCCAGACACUCGGUGUACCCCACCAUCAGGCCUCGGCCCAGCUCCAGACAGGAAGUCGAGAGCUUCAGCUCUUCUGCUAGUUCAUAUGAGGGCAGCGACCGUGAGGACCAGCGGCUGGACUCUCACACGGCCGCCGCCGCAUCAGCGCAAGGCAGUAGAUCAUCGCCCGAGACGGAGACCCAGCAGGAUCCCUCAGUCAAACGCAUGCGCACAGACAGCUGGGAAACUUAGGACAAUGGAUGGAUCUUUAAACAAGUCAACAGAUAUGCAGACUGAUAAGUCAAGACUCCACUAAAGCAGCAGGUAUAAGUUCUUGUAAAUGUGUGCAGGUAUUUACAAGAAUUUACAUUGUUAAAAAUAUGUUAUGAAGUGUCUGACACAUUUUUUUUUUUUUUUUUUUGUCAAUAGAGGGUUAGCCUUGCUGCAUUAUUUGCAGUAUAUUAUUUUUGAAAGCUUUUGUCUUUUGUAUUUUUAUCUGAAUACUCAAUCAAAGCCAUAUAGAUAUUGAUUGGGACUUGCUGUUUGUUGUGAUGAAGUGUAUGUGUUUGAUGAUUACCAAUUUUAUUUGAUUUCAUUUUUGUGCUAUGGCCACAGAAAACCUCAGUGGAGUGUUUACUUGUCUGUCAAGUUUUGAUGAACCUCAGGUAUCUGCAUGUCAAUCAUCAACUGGCAGCCAAAUGACACUUUCAGGUUUUUCAAGGUUUGUGGAGAAAAGAUGAUAAAAUGGUCACCCUAGGGGAUUAUAAAAUGAGCUAAAAAUCAUAAAAUUGCCUUUACUGCUUAAAGGAUUAGUUCACUUUCAAAUUAAAAUUUUCCUGAUAAUUUACUCACCCCCAUGUCAUCCAAGAUGUCCAUGUCUUUCUUUCGU